UCCAGGACAGCCAGGACUGUUACAGAGAAAUCCUGUUGGGGGACAUAUAUGUUUAUAGUGUUUAACUCAGAAAGAAUUGGCUCUAACAGAACACACGUUUACAGAUGACUAUAAAAUUGAAUGAAAAAAAUAGAGACAAAUCCUUGUUUGUUUUUCUUCUCCAAGUGGCGUUUACGAGACAGAGUUUCCUGCAGGUUACUCACCUAUAUGGAGUUGUAAGACAACUUUCAUGAAAACAAUGUUUAAAGAAGGAUAUGCUUCAGGCUUCCCGUUAGACAUGACUAAUUUUGAGAAGCUUGCCCAGGUUAGCCACAUGUGAAUGAGGUGUCCUUUUGGGUCAUCAUGAUUAUUACACUAUAUUGUCUUUUACUCCCCCCCACCCCCAACACACACAGGAGACAGUGUGCUUUUUGAGGCAAUACCGUACGUAAUUGGCCUUUUAUUGUUUCCUUGGCCUGAACAUUUGCUUGUAAGAAACAAUAAGCUAUGGGCUGGCAGAAGCCACAGGAUUAAAUAUCUUGCACAUCGUUGUAGUGUCCAAUUUAGUCUACUACCUAGGAAAGCGUUUUUACAUCAUAGCGGACUCUGCCUUUCGGUCCACAUGCUAUGUUUCAAUGUUAACUAACUUUGCAUUUCAGGGCCUGUGCGAUAAUACCACGUGGAUACAAAUGCGUUACAACAGUAACCUUAGAGAGAAACUAAGUAACACUAGGCUACAGGGGGCGCCGUUGAUACACGGGGAAAAGGACUCAGCCUACCCGGGGGUGAGGUCCUCCGAUGCAUCAGAAACUGGUUCUCAGCCCUACAGAGAAACAAGGGCUUUGAGCUGCUGUGCUCUGAGGUGAGCAGUGGAACCCCGUUAGGAGACUGAGGCGGAGAGGAAGCGCGGGGGACUGGGACUCUUCUGCGACCUUAGCGAGCCUCCCGGCGGUGCGGUGACCCCGCUACCAGGCUAGGCGGUGCCGGGCCCCUGCGCCUGCCCGCCAGAGGCUCCGCCCCGUGACGCGGGCCCCGCCCCCAGCGCCCGCUUCCAAGAUGGCUGCGGCGAUACCUGCCCGGCCGUCCGAGUGGCGGUGACGACGGGGAGCAGACCAGGUGACUGGUUCUCCUUGAUCACUUCUGUUCCCGCUGGUCCCAGAUUGGCUGUUGGAAUGCCUUUUUCUGUCUUCCGUGACAGUUCCAAUUUUAGAUAAUGCCUCACAUCUCUGCUCCCCGGGGACCUCCUGGAGCCCCCAUGAUCCGGAAGAAAACAGCUUGAACACAGGUAUGUGUGUCUGUUCUUUUGUAAGAUUGGAGAGACUUUAAAAACUUCUGAAAUGGACUUGGGACUUGAAUGAUGUAAGCUUUCUGGAGGGUGGAGACUGAAAGCCUGUCAAGUGGAUGAAAAUGAAACCCGAGCUUUGGUGAUGUGUAUAAGGUUGGUUACCUUCUGGGUUGUUUUUUUCCCCUUGUUUGAUUAUAGCAGUGUUCCUUAUUGUGACUUUGUUCUCUGCCUGUUUUUUUUCCUCUCUCUGGCACCACUUUUCUACCUGCUGAUGUCUCUGCUGGCUUGCUCGGUCCCUCCCUGUUUGCUUCCAGAAAUCCCUUCACUCUCUCCCUAGCCCUCGGCAGGAUGUUGCGGAGGCUGCUGGAAAGGCCCUGCACAUUGGCCCUGCUGGUGGGCUCCCAGCUGGCAGUUAUGAUGUAUCUGUCACUAGGGGGCUUCCGAAGCCUUAGUGCCCUCUUUGGUCGGGACCAGGGCCCAACGUUUGAUUAUUCUCAUCCCCGUGAUGUCUAUAGUAACCUCAGUCACCUGCCUGGGCCCCCUGGAGCUGCAGGGGCUCACCCAGCUCAAGCUCUGCCUUACUGUCCAGAGAGAUCUCCUUUCUUAGUGGGUCCUGUAUCAGUAUCGUUCAGCCCAGUGCCAUCACUAGCAGAGAUUGUGGAGCGGAAUCCCCGGGUGGAAUCAGGGGGUCGGUACCGUCCUGCAGAAUGUGAGCCACGCUCCCGGACGGCCAUAAUUGUGCCCCAUCGUGCCAGGGAGCACCACCUGCGGCUGCUGCUCUAUCACCUGCACCCCUUCCUACAGCGCCAGCAGCUUGCCUAUGGCAUCUAUGUCAUCCACCAGGCUGGAAAUGGAACGUUUAACAGAGCAAAGCUAUUGAAUGUUGGGGUGCGGGAAGCCCUGCGUGAUGAAGAAUGGGACUGCUUGUUCUUACAUGAUGUGGACCUCCUUCCAGAAAAUGAUCAUAACCUGUAUGUGUGCGACCCCCGGGGACCUCGCCAUGUUGCUGUUGCCAUGAACAAGUUUGGAUACAGCCUCCCGUACCCCCAGUACUUUGGUGGGGUUUCAGCCCUCACUCCUGACCAGUACCUGAAGAUGAAUGGCUUCCCCAAUGAAUAUUGGGGCUGGGGUGGUGAGGAUGACGACAUCGCUACCAGGGUACGCCUGGCUGGGAUGAAGAUCUCCCGACCCCCCACCUCUGUGGGGCACUACAAGAUGGUGAAGCACAGAGGGGACAGAGGCAACGAGGAAAAUCCCCACAGAUUUGACCUCCUGGUCCGUACCCAGAAUUCUUGGACACAAGAUGGAAUGAAUUCACUGACAUACCAGUUGCUGGCUAGAGAGCUGGGUCCUCUCUAUACCAACAUCACUGCAGACAUUGGGACUGACCCUCGAGGUCCUCGGGCUCCCUCUGGUCCCCGAUACCCACCGGGUUCCUCCCAGGCCUUCCGACAAGAGAUGCUACAACGCCGGCCCCCAGCUAGGCCUGGCCCUCUGCCUACUGCCAACCACACAGCUCCCCAUGGUUCACACUGAUUCUUCUUUGUCCACGUUAAUCAUGAAACUGAGUCAGAGGGGUUGUAUUCCCCACGCCCUCUGUUCCUCACUGCUUUUGGAGGGAUGUGAGGGGACUAACCCUAGUGCUGUGCUGGGGGGCAGGGACCUCUCCUCACUGCUAGAUUGGAGCUGGGCUCCUCUAGACCUGGAGGUUCCUCUUUCUAGGGGCCACCUGUCAGGGCUUAUGACUGUGAAUCCUUGUUGUCAUUUUAUGUGACGAAUCCUAGGAGUCCCCGGCCCCCGGGGUAGGAGCAGGGCUGGACCCCAAGCCCCUUCCUCGUCCAUGGAUAUCACUCCUUUCCAAGAGUGACCUGGCUCCUCCUGGGACCUCUGUGAAUAUUUAUUCUAUUUAUGGUUCCCAAGAAGCUGUUCUGGUGGAGGAAGCCCCUACCAGGGCAUUUCCUGCCAGUGCUGGAGUAGCUCUCCUGGUCUUGGCCCAGGGGGCUGGGAUUUUGAUACCUUUUCUAAUAAAGGACGUAGUCUCA